AUGUCCCCCUCUAAAAAAGAAGAGAUUCCUUCAGACCUGGAAGGAAUCCAACGCUCAAACUCAAAUUGCUCUCAAAACGAAGGAACCUCACAGCGCAUAGACGAUGCUGUCUUUGGCGAAGUGUCAGAAGAUGGACCCAAUUAUCGCAAUGUCGGAUGGAUCGCAACAGUCGCGUUAAUGACAAAAACCCAAAUUGGUCUUGGUGUUCUAUCGAUCCCUCAAACAUUUGAUGCUUUGGGCUUGAUUCCCGGAAUUAUCUGCCUCAUCGCAGUGGCCGUCAUCACAACUUGGUCAGAUUAUAUGAUCGGCGUGUUCAAGAGGCGCCAUCCACAGGUUUACGGUAUUGAUGAUGCUGGAUACUUGAUAUUUGGAAGAAUUGGUCGCGAGUUUCUCGCCACUGUCUUCAUGCUUUACUGGAUCUUUGUAGCUGGCUCGGCGAUGCUGGGUAUCUCCAUCGGUCUCAACUCUGUUUCUUCACAUGCGGCUUGCACAGCUGUGUUUGUGGCCGUGGCCGCUAUUCUCGGUUUCUGUUUUUCUAGUAUCCGUACGCUGGGCAAGAUCGGAUGGCUCGCCUGGGUUGGAUUGGUUUGUAUCAUGACAGCCAUCUUCUGUGUCACUGUGGCCGUCGGUGUUCAAGAUCGCCCUGCAGCUGCACCACGCCCUGAAGAAGGCCACUGGAAGUCUGACUGGAAGCUUGUUGGUAACCCAAGCUUUGUCGAUGGUAUUACAGCAGUGUCGUCUCACAUUUUUGCAUUCUCUGGAACGCCGGCCUUCUUUCAAAUCGCUGCUGAAAUGCGUGAGCCAAAGAACUACACCCGCUCCUUGAUAACCUGCCAGUCGAUCGUGACAAUCACAUAUAUCACUAUCGGUAUUGUGGUCUACUACUAUUGCGGAUCCUACGUUGCCUCUCCAGCGUUGGGCUCAGCUGGCGCCCUCAUGAAGAAGGUCUGCUAUGGCUUUGCCCUCCCAGGACUGAUUGUGACUGCCAUGCUUAUGACCCAUAUUCCUGCCAAGUAUAUGUUCAUCCGUUUGUUGCGUGGCACAAAGCAUCUCAACUCCAAUGGCAUAGUGCACUGGGCCACCUGGUUAGCCUGCACAGGAAGUGUCACCAUCAUUGCGUACAUUAUUGCCAGCGCUAUCCCUGUGUUUGGAGGCCUGGUGUCUCUCAUUGGUGCUCUACUUGGCACCAUGAUGUGCUUUCAACCGUAUGGCUGUAUGUGGCUGUAUGACAACUGGAACAAGGGCUUGAAGAACAGGUCACUCAAAUGGUACUUUAUGGUUGGCUGGAGUAUAUUUGUUAUCAUCGCUGGUACAUUUAUGAUGGUUGCAGGCACUUAUGGCUCUAUUGUUGGCAUCAACAACUCAUUGAAGGCUAACGGUGGAACGAGCCCCUGGUCUUGUGCUGAUAACGCCAAUUCUGCUGGCGGAGCUCACUAG